UGUUAACUUGACUAAAUAAUUUUUUUUCUUGUAAUAAGUAAGAGGUGAUUUUUAAUAAUUUUUUUAAAUUAAUUAAGUCUAAUAAAAUUACAUACCAAAAUUAAAUUUUAAUAAGUUCGAAACUAAAAAUACAAUAACAUAGAUUUUUUUCCGUUAUAAGGUUGUAUCUAAGUUUUACAAAUGAGGAAAAACUGUAAAAGAGUUUUUAUAAUUUUUAUAAUAUUAAUUCAAUUGACUUUAAUUCAAAGUUCAGCAUAUUUAAAAGAUAGUCCGGUAAGAAGAGAGUAUUUUAAAUAUUUGGCUCGAGUAGUAAAUUACAUUCGUCAUCAAACAGGAUGGAACUCAAUGGAAAACGAAUUCUUGAAUUGGGACUCUGAAAAUGUUAUUAGCGUAAAAGAGUUAUUGACAUUUGAAAUUGAUGAGAAUAAUUUUUCGUGUAUUUUUAGUCACAUUGUGAGUGUAUUUAACUCUCAAUACAUAGGAAUACUACUAACUUUCGUUGAACACGUUAAUAUAUUAAUAGAAGAAUGUGAAAAAUAUUUAACAGCUCAAUUAUUUGGUAAUUUUAUUAAUUGCACAACAUUACUUGAAAUUGGAAUGAAGAAAUCUACUGUAAUGUUUGAUAGCAUAUACCAAGUAAUGUGGUUUUUGAGUUAUUUAGAUAUUAAACGCGUUUUUGUAAGAAUUGUAGGUAACCCAUAUACUGUAGUCGAUGAAGUUUAUUUGGUUAAGCAUUUUAUAGAUUCUAUUCAAAUAAAAGAUAAGACGGGUCCUGCUAACAAUCAGGAAGAAUAUAACGCCAAAGUCAAUGAAGCAAUAUUAGUAAUUUUUAAUACAAAAGAACUUAUUAAGAAUGUGACUAAGAGAGCAAUUUCUGUUUUAAAUAGAAAUAGAAAAUUAUUAAUUAUACCUCAGCGACCUGAUUUGAAGUUAAAUUACGAAUGGAUAUAUCAUUCUCAAGAAUUUAUUGAAAAUGAUUUUUUUAAUUUGGUGUUAAAUAAUUUAAAUAAAUUUUAUACACAUACAAAAAAAAUGUAUUACGAUGAUUUCAACUUCGACAUAUUACUGUACCCUAUUGCACAUAGCAUGGAUUGGCUGAUACCUCCACAAGAAGAACCAUUACCUCUUUCUACUGAAGUAGCAACUUUAAAAAUACUUGUCGAUGAAGGAAAAUGGAAAACUGUCGAUCACAUAUCAAUUAUACAUAAUAGUCUAGUUAUCAGUGCAAAUCGUAUAGUAAGAGAUCCAGUUAGUACUAUGCAUGGUUUUAAUCUAAAAAAACAAUACAUAUUACAACUGUUGAAUUGCAGGUUCUUUGAAAUAUUUUCAAAUUAUUAUUUCUAUUUAACUCCAAUUUUACAGUUUUGCAAUAAUAAAAAGCAAAACAUGAACUGUAUAAAAAACAUAUUUGAUACAAAUGAAAACUCAGAACAUUUUUUCAAUAAAAUCUAUUCGGUAGUGAAAAAAUUAAAAGAUACAUCAAUUUGGAAAGUUACUAGUGUACGUAUCUCAUUAUCAUUCAUAGAAAAGUUAUUAGAACUUGUUAUUAGAACGUUCAAGGAAAAUUAUUUGUAUGAAGCAUUAUUUAAUAAUAAAUUAAAAAUAGAUUACAUGACUAAGGUAAAUCUAUAUCUAAAAAAUAUGUCAAAACAAAAAUCAAUUUUGAACCAGCACUUAUAUUUUAAAAUGAAAUGUCAAAGACGCUGUAUAUUUAUUGGGAAAUCUAAUCCAUUUAUUAGUAAUACAAAAGAAACUGCAUUGGAAAAUAAUUAUAUUAAAAAAAUUAAUACAAUUGAUGAUCAUCUAAAUGCCUGUAUUGAAUUAUCCACAUUCUGCAAAAACUUCAUUGACAUUGAUUUUAAAGAUAUGGGAUUCGAUAAAAUCUUUUGAAAAAUAAUUAUGCUAUUUAUUAAUCUCUUAAACUGUAUUAGUUGUUGUCAUUUAUAUUAAAAAUAUAUAACUGUAUUCUUCCAAUAAUCUAAUUGUUUUAUACGGUUUAUAUAAAUUUUAUAAAAUUAUAAUCUAGUUCCAUAGAUUUUUUUUGUUUUAAAGGUUAAAUUUUGACCUUCAAUAAAAUUUAAUAAUUUUAAG